AUGGCAGAAUCGACCAAAGCAACUGGUAGUUGGACCGACGCCUUUCCCGCCCCACGUUGCACCGCGCCGACCCUCUCCCGCGAAGAGGCCCUGUCAAAUCUCUCGUCUCCAGACUUGCUCAUCAUAGAUGUACGACGCACCGACUAUGAGGGUGGGACGAUUAGAGGCAGUCUCAACCUCCCUGCACACUCUUUCUACAUGAAUCGUGGCGUCUUGUAUAAUCUGUGUAAAAGGGCGGGUGUCAAGCGAGUCGCAUUUUAUUGUGGCGCAUCGAAUGGAAGAGGUCCGAGAUGUUCUGGCUGGUUUGCAGAUUACAUUGCGGACAUGGGCGAUGAUCAGAUUACAUCAUUGACACUCGGUGGUGGCAUCAAGGGCUGGGUCAAGGCAGGAGAGACGUACACGCAGCAAAUGGAUGGCUUCGAGCCCGAGUAUUGGAAACAGUUUGAAUGA